CCAGAUCAUUUCGCGAUUCGGAAAUACUCAUAAUGGUGGAAAUCGCGUUUGUGUGGGAGUAAAUUUUCGAAUUUAUACUGCUGAGAAAUGGCGGAUAGACGGACUGUCGUGUUAUAUGGCAGUCAGACAGGCACUGCGCAAGAUGUAGCUGAACGUAUUGGCAGAGAAGCCAAGAGGAGGCAUUUUAAAACCCGGGUUCUUGCGAUGGACGAUUAUUCCAUUGGACAACUGAUAAAUGAGCCACUGGUCGUUUUUGUCUGUGCAACGACAGGGCAAGGAGACGAACCAGACAACAUGAAGAAAUUCUGGAGGUUUAUUUGUCGCAGAAACCUCCCUACCGACUCACUGUCUGGUUUACAUUUUGCAGUGAUUGGACUCGGAGAUUCCUCCUACCAAAAGUUCAACUUCAUUGCUAAGAAGCUUUACAGGCGUAUUCUUCAGCUGGGCGGAAAAAGUCUUGUACCAGUUGGCCUGGCAGAUGAUCAGCAUGAUCUAGGGCCGGAUGCGGUUGUGGACCCGUGGUUGGCGUCUUUGUGGGACAGAGUGUUGUAUUUAUACCCUUUGCCCCCGGGCGUAGACAUAAUCAGUGCUGCUGUGUGCCCACCGUCGCGAUACGACGUGGAAUUUUUAGACGCCAACAGCAGCAGUCCAAUGACCUCCUCCGUUGCCAGUAUUAACGGCCUGGUUGAUGGCCCUGUCCCGUCGAAGAGUUGCCCAUUCCACGCCAGGCUCUUAUCCAACGAGAGACUAACGUCUCCGGAUCACUUCCAGGAUGUCAGGCUCGUCAGAUUAGACAUUCAGGGAUCAAAUAUAAGCUAUGUUCCAGGGGAUGUGGUAAUGAUCCAGCCCCAGAACUCGGCAGAAAAUGUCAGCGAAUUCCUCUCCCAUUUUGGUCUGAACCCUGAUCAGAAGAUCCUGCUAAAGCCAACCGAUCCAGAUAUCCCCCUCCCACCUCCCUGGCUCCUCCCCCAGCCUGGCACCAUCAGGCAGUUGGUCACUCACUGCCUGGACAUCAGCUGCAUCCCUAGGAGGUACUUCUUUGAGCUGCUCGCCCACUUCGCAGACGACGAGCUGGAGCAAGAAAAACUGAAGGAGUUUGCCUCGGCUGAAGGGCAGCAAGAACUCCUUUCAUACUGCAAUCGUCCCCGGCGCACAACGCUAGAAAUCUUUCAGGACUUCCCUAAAGUCAGUUCCAGGGUCCCGUUCACGUACCUGCUUGACCUUGUCCCGCAAAUCCAGCCCAGGGCCUUCUCCAUUGCGUCGUCGCUCAAGGCUCAUCCCAACGAAAUACACGUCUUGCUCGCCGUCGUCAAGUACAAGACCAAACUCUUCAAGCCGCGGGAAGGUCUAUGCUCCAACUGGCUAGCCAGAUUGUCCCCCGAGGAAGAGAAGAUUGAAAUACCAAUUUGGGUGAAAAGGGGCACCAUAUCCUUCCCAAAAGACGGGGUCAAGACCCCAGUGGUCAUGGUGGGGCCCGGAACGGGCUUAGCACCCUUCAGGAGCUACCUACAGGACAGGGCCGCACAGGGCAUUGGUGAUAAUGUUCUGUUUUUUGGCUGCCGCAACAAGGACAAGGAUUAUCUCUGUAAUCACGAAUGGCGCCCUCUUGUGGCCAACAAACUGUUGCAAGUUUUCACAGCUUUUUCCAGGGACCACGAGGAUAAGAUCUACGUCCAGCAUCUCAUGGCUCAAAACAGCGCCCUCUUGUGGGAGAUGAUUGACAGGAGGCAAGGAAGCUUCUUCAUUGCUGGCAACGCCAAACAGAUGCCCACCAAUGUCACUGACACCCUCAAGAAGGUGAUUCAGGAGGAGGGAGGCAUGACGGUCGCGGCCGCCGACGACUACAUCAAAAGUUUGGAGCAGAGCCGCCGAUUUCAAAUCGAAGCGUGGUCCUGAAGUCAGCCAGAGGAGUCCGUCAAGCCGUCCGAUGCUACAUCAAGAUCUUCCCUCAUUUGUGCAUCCCCCCGUCCCAUUAUGAGGAUGGAGCAAUUACGAAACUGAAAGAGGGAAACCAACUCAUUAAGAGGAAUAUGGCUUCAAUACUAAAAAAAAAACUAAAUGCCCUCUCUGGCUUUUGGUUCUGUAGUUAUACUAGAUUCAAAUUAGUGUCAAGAACCUUUUUUUAGUGGUGUUGGUACUAAUGAAGAACACAUAUGGAUGUAGUGAGUUGAUUUGGUUUGCAUUUAAAUGCUUCACUGAUGACGCACAUGCGAUGUAACCAAGGUUACAGCCUUCUUUCAUGAUGCCCUCGAACGGAGUCUAGCCUAUUGUAAUCAAAUUGUCAGUGGCAAGGAAAUAUGCUGGCGCGUGGGUCGCUUUUCUAAAUAAACAUUACAAAUCCUAUCAUUAAA